UAUUUCAAAAUAUUCUUCCACCUUGUGGUUGUUUUCAAUAUAGUUUGAAUCACAUUGGUACCCAAAUCCGCAAUGAGUAGGGCUCUGUUUCUCGGGAAGCAGAUAGAGUUUAUCAGGCUUCAGGCUCCUGCUUGGCGUCUAAAUUCUCAACAAGCACCCACACCAAAUCUCUGUUAUGUGUUCAAGGAUAGAGGUAGAGAGCAGCAUAGCGGAGAAUGUUUCACUUCCUGUCAUUAAGCACUAUGUCAGUGCUGGUGAUGUCCACUUAGAAAAUUUUCUUGUGAUCAUUUCUCACCUUGGGAUCCCUCCCAUUCCCAUUACACUUUUUUCUUAUGUCCAAAAUCUACCCUGUAAGUGCUUUCAUCCUAGCUGUAAAACAUUUUAUUAAUAUAUUUACUUAUUUGUUUCUUUCCACUUGGAUGAGAGAUCUCUUGAGGAUAAGUUGUAAGUAUCAUUUUUUUAAUCAUUUCAAUAUAUAGCACUGUAUUCAAGCAUAUUUUAAAUAACUCUGAGUCCUCUUUGAAUUACUUUUUGUUGCUGUAUCUUUUAUGUCCCCUGAUUCCUUUUGACAUGUGCCUCUCUGAUUCUCCCCCAACACAAAACAAUACACACACACACACACUCCUUUCCUAAUUUACAUGGCUCAGGUUCUCAUUUUGAUUGGCAGGGGAACGCAAUUAACAGUUUAAAUAUGAGAAGACAUUCACUUUCAAAGCAGCUGUGGAAAUACUACUAAUACUCAAUUCAGCAUCAGUCUGGCAGAACCUUUCUAGAGCAUUGUUGAUACAGUUUUUCUGCAACAUGUCAUCAUCCACUCAACCUGCCAGUGCAUCUAGAUGACCCAUACAUUUAUGCUCUUCUGUCCAUUUCAUCUGGAUUCCUGAAGUCCAUGAAAAUUUCAUCUUAGAGUCUACAUUUGGGCUUUUCCUUGAUCAUAACCUCUUAUCUGGUUUGGUAACUACCUGUCAUAGAAGAUCUCUCAAAUGACCUCAUCUCCACGUUUGCUGUGUCCUUUUGUAGCUCACCACAUGGUAUAAAAUUUUCUUCUCCUAUACAUGAACAUUAUACUAUAGGGUUGUGACUGUGCCACUCUCAAGAUUUGUCCUGCGCCAGGAGCAUGACUUGGCAUGACUCAGAGAAUAGGCUAUUGCCAUGUUUGACACUGGGCCUCCCAGCAGAUAAAACAGGAUUCUGCAAGAUUGUAUUCUAAUUUCAACUCAUUUAAGACCUAAAUCCUUAAAUGGCAGUUCUGUGGCAAGAAGAAGAAAAACGUAACUUCUUGUGUCACUCAGGAAGGUACCUGUAUUUCUGGUUUGGAAAAAAAUGGAAUUUACAAGACUAUAAUGACAUACAUAAUCAUAGCAUGCCAGCUUGUCUAAAGAGAAAUCAAAAGGCCUUCAUUGUUGCAUGAAGCAGAGAGAGAGUGUGUGAAGAGUUAUUACACUAUUUCCAUCUCAACUAGAAAAUAAGAUUGCAUUGAUUGUUGAGGUUACUCACUUCAGUAUUGUUAGUGAGUAGGUUUCCUGAAAUAUUAGCUCGAGUUAUGAAAACCAUUGCCUUUCUGAAGUGGUGAUGAUAAGAGAUGGUCAUGCUAAAUAGGAUGAGAGACACUUACCUAGCUCUUUCAUAGCAUGUUCCAUAUUCCUUAUCACUCGCUUUAAUAACAUCUAAGGAACAAAAGAAAUGUUAUCCCCAUUGGAAAAACAGACUGUUAUAAAAUGUCCUUACAUUUGCAACUGAUGGAUUUUUAACCUAAGUUAAUAGUUUUAAGAGAAGUAGGAUGAAGAGGUUUUCAGGGGUUCGAAUUGAAUUUUGUGCUGCAGCACUUUUUGCUUCAGCUAGAGUAGUAGAGAAGAUAAGAGGUAUAACCUAGCCCGAUUUUGAGACAUCUGAAGGGGGUUUGUUACAAGAUGACUGAAUAGGAACAGCCCCGGUCUACAGCUCCCAGUGUGAUCGACGCAGAGGACAGGUGAUUUCUGCAUUUCCAGCUGAGGUACCUGGUUCAUCUCAUUGGGACUGGUUGAACAGUGGGUGCAGCCCAUGUUCCUGGGGCAUCGCCUCACCCGGGAAGCACAAGGGGUCAGGGGAUUUCCCUUUCCUAGCCAACGGAAGCUGUGACAGACUGUACCUGGAAAAACGGGACACUCCCACAUAAAUACUGUGCUUUUCCAAUGGUCUUAGCAAACAGCACACACCAAGAGAUUAUAUCCCACGCCUGGCUCAGUGGGUCCCAUGCCCACAGAGCCUUACUCAUUGCUAGUGCAGCAGUCUGAGAUUGACCUGAGAGGCAGCAGCAUGGUAGGGGGAGGGGGGUCUGUCACUGCUGAAGCUUGAGUAGGUGAACAAAGCAGCCUGGGAAGCUCCAACUGGGUGGAGCCCACUGCAGCUCAGCAAGGCCUGCUGCCUCUGUUGACUGCACCUCUAGGGGCAGGGCAUAGUUGAACAAAAGGCAGCAGAAACUUCUGCAGACUUAAAUGUCCCUGUCUGACAGCUCUGAAGAGAGCAGUGGUUCCCCAGCAUAGCGUUUGAGCUCUAAGAACAGACAGACUGCCUCCUCAAGUGGGUCGCUGACCCCCGUGUAGCCUAACUGGGAGACACCUCCCAGUAGGGGCCGACUGACAUCUCAUACAGGUGGGUGUCCCUCUGGGAUGAAGCUUUGAGAAGAAGGAUCAGGUAGCAAUAUUUGCUGCUCUGCAAUAUUUGCUAUUCUGCAGCCUCCGCUGGUGACACCCAGGCAAACAGGGUCUGGAGUGGACCUCCAGCAAACUCCAACAGACCUGCAGCUGAGGGACCUGACUGUUAGAAAGAAAACUAACAAACAGAAAGGAAUAGCAACAACAUCAACAAAAAGGACAACCACACCAAAACCCCAUCUGUCGCCAACAUCAAAGGUCAAAGGCAGAUAAAACCACAAAGAUGGGGAGAAACCAGAGCAGAAAAGCUGAAAAUUCUAAAAACUAGAGAACCUCUUCUCCUCCAAAGGAUCGCAGCUCCUAGCCAGCAAUGGAACAAAGCUGGAUGGAGAAUGACUUUGACAAGCUGACAGAAGUAGGCUUCAGCAGGUCAGUAAUAACAAACUUCUCCGAGCUAAAGGAGCAUGUUUGAACCCAUCGCAAGGAAGGUAAAAACCUUGAGAAAAGAUAAGACAAAUGGUUAACUAGAAUAAACACUGUAGAGAAGACCUUAAAUGACCUGAUGGAGCUGAAAACCACGGCACAAGACCUACAUGACUCAUGCACAAGCUUCAGUAGCCAAUUCGAUCAAGUGGAAGAAAGGGCAUCAGUAAUUGAAGAACAAAUUAAUGAAAGAAAGCAAGAAAAGAACCUUAGAGAAAAAAAGAGUAAAAAGAAACAAACAAAGCCUCCAAGAAAUAUGGGACUAUGUGAAAAGACCAAAUCUACAUCUGAUUGGUAUACCUGAAAGUGAUGGGGAGAAUGGAACCAAGUUGGAAAACACUCUGCAGGAUAUUAUAGAGGAGAACUUCUCCAACCUAGCAUUCAAAUUCAUGAAAUACAGAGAACACCACAAAGAUACUCCUUAAGAAGAGCAACCCCAAGACACAUCAUUCUCAGAUCCACCAAGGUUGAAAUGAAGGAAAACAUGUAAAGGACAGCCAGAGAGAAAGGUCGGGUUACCCACAAAGGGAAGCCCAUCAGACUAACAGUGGAUCUCUCAGCAGAAACUCUACAAGGCAGAAGAUAGUGGGAGCCAAUAUUCAACAUUCUUAAAGAAAUUUUCAACCCAGAAUUUCAUAUCUAGCCAAACUAAGCUUCAUAAGUGAAGGAGAAAUAAAAUCCAUUACAGACAAGCAAAUGCUGAGAGAUUUUGUCACCACCAGGCCUGCCCUACAAGAGCUCCUGAAGGAAGCACUAAACAUGGAAAGGAACAACCGGUACCAGCCACUGAAAAAACAAGCCAAAUUGUAAAGAUCAUUGAUGCUAGGAAGAAACUGCAUCCACUAAUGGGCAAAAUAACCAGCUAACAUCAUAAUGACAAGAUCAAAUUCACACAUAACAAUAUUAACCUUAAAUGUAAAUGGGCUAAAUGACCCAAUUAAAAGACACAAACUGGCAAAUUGGAUACAGAGUCAAGAAUCAUCAGUGUGCUGUAUUCAAGAGACCCAUCUCAUGUACAGAGACACACAUAGGAUCAAAAUAAAGUGAUGGAGGAAGAUCUACCAAGCAAAUGGAAAGCAAAAAAAAACAGGGGUUGCAAUCCUAGUCUCUGAUAAAACAGACUUUAAACCAACAAAGAUCAAAAGAGACAAAGAAGGCCAUUACAUAAUGGUUAAGGGAUCAAUUCAACAAGAAGAGCUAGCUAUCCUAAAUAUAUAUGCACCCAAUACAGGAGCACCCAGAUUCAUAAAGCAAGUCCUUAGAGACCUACAAAGAGACUUAGACUCCCACACAAUAAUAAUGGGAGAUUUUAAUACCCCACUGUUAUCAUUAGACAGAUCAAUGAGACAGAAAGUUAACAAGGAUAUCCAGGAAUUGAAUCUGGCUCUGCACCAAGUGGACCUAAUAGACAUCUACAGAACUCUCCACCCCAAAUCAACAGAAUAUACAUUCUUAUUAGCACCACAUCACACUUAUUCCAAAAUUGACCACAUAGUUGGAAGUAAAGCACUCCUCAGCAAAUGUGAAAGAACAGAAAUCACAACAAACUGUCUCUCAGACCACAGUGCAAUCAAAUUAGAACUCAGGAUUAAGAAACUCACUCAAAAACACACAACUACAUGGAAACAACAACCUGCUCCUGAAUGACUACUGGGUAAACAAGGAAAUCAAGUCAGAAAUAAAGAUGUUCUUUGAAACCAGUGAGAACAAAGACACAACAUACCAGAAUCUCUGGGAUACAUUCAAAGCAGUGUGUAGAGGGAAAUUUAUAGCACUAAAUGACCACAAGAGAAGGCAGGAAAGAUCUAAAAUUGACACCCUAACAUCACAAUUAAAAGAACUAGAGAAGCAAGAGCAAACACAUUCAAAAGCUAGCAAAAGGCAAGAAAUCACUAAGAUCAGGGCAGAACUGAAGGAGAUAGAGACAUGAAAAACCCUUCAAAAAAAUCAAUGAAUCCAGGAGCUCGUUUUUUGAAAAGAUCAACAAAAUUGAUAGACCACUAGCAAGACUAAUGAAGAAAAGAGAGAAGAAUCAAAUAGACUCAAUAAAAAAUGACAAAAGGGGUAUCACCACCAAUCCCACAGAAAUACAAACUACCAUCAGAGAAUAGUAUAAACACCUCUACACAAAUAAACUAGAAAAUCUACAAGAAAUGGAUAAAUUCCUGGACACAUACACCCUCCCAAGACUAAACCAGGAAGAAGCUGAAUCUCUGAUUAGACCAAUAACAGGCUCUGAAAUUGAGGCAAUAAUCAAUAGCCUACCAACCACAAAAAGUCCAGGACCAGAUGGAUUCACAGCCGAAUUCUGCCAGAGGUACAAGGAGGAGCUGGUACCAUUCCUUCUGAAACCAUUCCAAACAAUAAAAAAGAGGGAAUCCUCCCUAAUUCAUUUUAUGAGGCCAGCCUCACCAUGAUAACAAAGCCUGGCAGAGACACAACAAAAAAGGAGAAUUUUAGACCAAUAUCCCUUAUGAACAUCGAUGCAAAAAUCCUCUAUAAAAUACUGGCAAACCAAAUCCAGCAGCACAUCAAAAAGCUUAUCCACCACGAUCAAGUCAGCUUCAUCCCUGGUAUGCAAGGCUGGUUCAACAUAUACAAAUCAAUAAAUAAUCCAUCACAGAAACAGAACCAGUGACAAAAACUGCAUGACUAUCUCAAUAGAUGCAGAAAAGGCCUUUGACAAACUUCAACAGCCCUUCAUGCUAAAAACUCUCAAUAAACUAGGUAUUGAUGGAACAUACCUCAAAAUAAUUAGAGCUAUUUAUGACAAACCCACAGCCAAUAUCAUACUGAAUGGGCAAAAACUGGAAGCAUUUCCUUUGAAAACUGGCACAAGACAGGGAUUCCCUCUCUCACCACUCCUAUUCAAUAUAGUGUUGGAAGUUCUGGCCGGGGCAAUCAAGCAAGAAAAAGAAAUAAAGGGUAUUCUAUUAGGAAAAGAGGAAGUCAAAUUAUCCCUGUUUGCAGCUCACAUGAUUGUAUAUUUAGAAAACCCCAUCAUCUCAGCCCAAAAUCUCCUUAAGCUCAUAAGCAACUUCAGCAAAGUCCCAGGAUACAAAAUCAAUGUGCAAAAAUCACAAGCAUCCUUAUACACCAAUAACAGACAAACAGAGAGCCAAAUCAUGAGUGAACUCCCAUUCACAGUUGCUUCAAAGAGAAUAAAAUACCUAGGAAUUCAACUUACAAGGGACAUGAAGGACCUCUUCAAGGAGAACUACAAACCACUGCUCAACGAAAUAAUGGAGGACACAAACAAAUGGAAGAACAUUCCAUGCUCACGGAUAGGAAGAAUCAAUAUCAUGAAAAUGGUCAUACUGCCCAAGGUAAUUUAUAGAUUCAAUGCCAUCCCCAUCAAGCUACCAACGACUUUCUUCAGAGAAUUGGAAAACAACUACUUUAAAGUUCAUAUGGAACCAAAAAAGAGCCUGCAUUGCCAGCACAAUCCUAAGCAAAAAGAACAGAGCUGGAGGCAUCACGCUACCUGACUUCAAACUAUACUACAAAGCUACAGUAACCAACCCAGCAUGGUACUGGUAGCAAAACAGAGAGAUAGACCAAUGGAAUAGAACAGAGGCCUCAGAAAUAAUGCUACACAUCUACAACCAUCUGAUCUUUGACAAACCUGACAAAAACAAGAAAUGGAGAAAGGAUUCCCUAUUUAAUAAAUGGUGCUGGAAAACUGGCUAGCCAUAUGUAGAAAGCUGAAACUGGAUCCCUUCCUUAUACCUUAUACAAAAAUUAAUUCAAGAGGGAUUAAAGACUUAAAUGUUAGACCUAAAACCAUAAAAACUCUAGAAGAAAACCUAGGCAAUACCAUUCAGGACAUAGGCAUGGGCAAGGACUUCAUGACUAAAACACAAAAGCAGUGGCAACAAAAGCCAAAAUAGACAAAUGGGAUCUAAUUAAACUAAAGAGCUUCUGCAUAGCAAAAGAAACUACCAUCAGAGUGAACAGGCAACCUACAGAAUGGGAGAAAAUUUUUGCAAUCUACCCAUCUGACAAAGGGCUAAUCUCCAGAAUCUACAAAGAACUUGAAUAAAUUUAUAUUAAAAAACCCAUCAACAAGUGGGCAAAAGAUAUGAACAGACACUUCUCAAAAGAAGACAUUUAUGCAGGUAAUAGAUGCAUGAAAAAAUGCUCAACAUCACUGGUCAUCAGAGAAAUGCAAAUCAAAACCACAAUGAGAUAACAUCUCACACCAUUUAGCAUGGCGAUCAUUAAAAACGAAACAACAGAUGCUGGAGAGGAUGUGGAGAAACAGGAACACUUCUACACUGUUGGUGGGAGUAGAAACUAGUUCAACCAUUGUGGAAGAGUGUGGCAAUUCCUCAAGGAUCUAGAACUAGAAAUACCAUUUGACCCAGCUAUCCCAUUACUGGGUAUAUACCCAAAGGAUUAUAAAUCAUGCUACUAUAAAGACACAUGCACACAUAAUGUCUAUUGUGGCACUACUCACAAUAGCAAAGCCUUGGAACCAACCCAAAUGUCCGUCAAUGAUAGACUGGAUUAAGAAAAUGUGGCCCCAUUCAAAGCAGUGUGUAGAGGGAAAUUUAUAGCACUAAAUGCCCACAAGAGAAAGCAGGAAAGAUUCAAAAUUGACACCCUAACAUCACAAUUAAAAGAACUAGUAAAGCAAGAGCAAACACAUUCAAAAGCUAGCAGAAGGCUAGAAAUAACUAAAAUCAGAGCAGAACUGAAGGAAAUAGAGACACAAAAAACCCUUCAAAAAAUUAAUGAAUCCAGGAGCUGGUUUUUUGAAAAGAUCAACAAAAUUGAUAUACUGCUAGCAAGACUAAUAAAGAAGAAAAGACAGAAGAAUCAAAUAGAUGCAAUAAAAAAUGAAAAAGGGGAUAUCACCACCGAUCCCACAGAAAUACAAUCUACCAUCAGAGAAUACUACAAACACCUCUAUGCAAAUAAACUAGAAAAUCUCGAAGAAAUGGAUAAAUUCCUCGACAAAUACACCCUCCCAAGACUAAAUCAGGAAGAAGUUGAAUCUCUGAAUAGACCAAUAACAGGCUUUGAAAUUGUGGCAAUAAUCAAUAGCUUACCAACCAAAAAGAGUCCAGGACCUGAUGGAUUCACAGCCGAAUUCUACCAGAGGUACAGGGAGGAACUGGUACCAUUCCUUCUGAAACUAUUCCAAUCGAUAGAAAAAGAGGGAAUCCUCCCUUACACAUUUUAUGAGGCCAGCAUCGUCCUGAUAUCAAAGCCCAGCAGAGACAUAACCAAAAAAGAGAAUUUCAGACCAAUAUCCUUGAUGAACAUUGAUGCAAAAAUCCUCAAUAAAAUACUGGCAAGUGAAUCCAGCAGCACAUCAAAAAGCUUAUCCACCAUGAUCAAGUGGGCUUCAUCCCUGGGAUGCAAGGCUGGUUCAACAUACGCAAAUCAAUAAAUGUAAUCCAGCAUAUAAACAGAACCAAAGACAAAAACCACAUGAUUAUCUCAAUAGAUGCAGAAAAGGCCUUUGACAAAAUUCAACAACCCUUCAUGCUAAAAACUCUCAAUAAAUUAGGUAUUGAUAGGAUGUAUCUCGAAAUAAUAAGAGCUAUCUAUGACAAACCCACAGCCAAUAUCAUACUGAAUGGGCAAAAACUGGAAGCAUUCCCUUUGAAAACUGGCACCAGACAGGGAUGCUCUCUCUCACCACUCCUAUUCAACACAGUGCUGGAAGUUCUGGCCAGGGAAAUCAGGCAGGAGAAGGAAAUAAAGGGUAUUCAAUUAGGAAAAGAGGAAGUCAAAUUGUCCCUGUUUGCAGAUGACAUGAUUGUAUAUCUAGAAAACCCCAUUGUCUCAGCCCAAAAUCUCCUUAAACUGAUUAGCAACUUCAGCAAAGUCUCAGGAUACAAAAUCAAUGUACAAAACUCACAAGCAUUCUUGUACACCAAUCACAGACAAACAGAGAGCCAAAUCAUGAGUGAACUCCCAUUCACAAUUGCUUCAAAGACAAUAAAAUACCUAGGAAUCCAACUUACAAGGGAUGUGAAGGACCUCUUCAAGGAGAACUACAAACCACUGCUCAAUGAAAUAAAAGAGGAUACAAACAAGUGGGAGAACAUUCCAUGCUCAUGGGUUGGAAGAAUCAAUAUCAUGAAAAUGGCCAUACUGCCCAAGGUAAUUUAUAGAUUCAAUGCCAUCCCUAUCAAGCUACCAAUGACUUUCAUCAUAGAAUUGGAAAAAACUACUUUAAAGUUCAUAUGGAACCAAAAAAGAGCCCGCAUUGCCAAGUCAAUCCUAAGCCUAAAGAACAAAGCUGGAGGCAUCAUGCUACCUGACUUCAAACUAUACUACAAGGCUACAGUAACCAAAACAGCAUGGUACUGGUACCACAACAGAGACAUAGAUCAAUGGAACAGAACAGAGCCCUCAGAAAUGAUGCCGCAUAUCUACAACUAUCUGAUCUUUGACAAACCUGACAAAAACAAGAAAUGGGGAAAGGAUUCCCUAUUUAAUAAAUUGUGCUGGGAAAACUGGCUAGCCAUAUGUAGAAAGCUGAAAUUGGAUCCCUUCCUUACACCUUAUACAAAAAUUAAUUCAAGAUGGAUUAAAGACUUUCAUGUUAGACCUAAAACCAUAAAAACCCUAGAAGAAAGCCUAGGCAAUACCAUUUAGGACAUAGGCGUGGGCAAGGACUUCAUGUCUAAACCACCCAAAGCAAUGGCAACAAAAGCCAAAAUUGACAAAUGGGAUCUAAUUAAACUAAAGAGCUUCUGCACAGCAAAAGAAACUACCAUCAGAGUGAACAGGCAACCUACAAAAUGGGAGAAAAUUUUUGCAACCUACUCAUCUGACAAAGGGCUAAUAUCCAGAAUCUACAAUGAACUCAAACAAAUUUACAAGAAAAAAACAAGCCCAUCAAAAAGUGGGCAAAGUACAUGAACAGACACUUCUCAAAAGAAGACAUUUAUGCAGCCAAAAAACACAUGACAAAAUGCUCAUCAUCACUGGCCAUCAGAGAAAUGCAAAUCAAAACCACAGUGAGAUACCAUCUCACACCAGUUAGAAUGUCCAUCAUUAAAAAGUCAGGAAACAACAGGUGCUGGAGAGGAUGUGGAGAAAUAGGAACACUUUUACACUGUUGGUGGGACUGUAAACUAGUUCAACCAUUGUGGAAGUCAGUGUGGCGAUUCCUCAGGGAUCUAGAACUAGAAAUACCAUUUGACCCAGCCAUCCCAUUACUGGGUAUAUACCCAAAGGACUAUAAAUCAUGCUGCUAUAAAGACACAUGCACACAUAUGUUUAUUGUGGCACUAUUCACAAUAGCAAAGACUUGGAACCAACCCAAAUGUCCAACAACGAUAGACUGGAUUAAGAAAAUGUGGCACAUAUAAACCAUGGAAUACUAUGCAGCCAUAAAAAACGAUGAGUUCAUGUCGUUUGUAGGGACAUGGAUGAAACUGGAAACCAUCAUUCUCAGUAAAUUAUCACAAGGACAAAAAACCAAACACCGCAUGUUCUCACUCAUAGGUGGGAAUUGAACAAUGAGAACUCAUGGACACAGGAAGGGGAACAUCACACUCCGGGGACUGUUGUGGGGUGGGGGGAGGGGGAAGGGACAGCAUUAGGAGAUAUACCUAAUGCUAAAUGACGAGUUAAUGGGUGCAGCAAACCAACACGGCACAUGGAUACAUAUGUAACAAACCUGCACAUUGUGCACAUGUACCCUAAAACCUAAAGUAUAAUAAUAAAAUAAAAAAUAAAAAAAAGAAAGAAAAUGUGGCCCAUAUACACCAUGGAAUACUAUGCAGCCAUAAAAAAGGAUGAGUUCAUGUCCUUUGUAGGGACAUGGAUGAAGCUGGAAACCAUCAUUCUGAGCAAACUAUCACAAGGACAGGAAACCCAACACUGCAUGUUCUCACUCACAGGGGGGAUGUGAACAACGAGAACACCUGGACACAGGGCGAGGAACAUCACACACC